AUGCCGCUCUGUCUCACCUUCAUCGACUUGAAGAAGGCCUUCGACUCAGUUGAAACGGAAGCGGUCGUGGAAGCCUUGGACAACCAAGCCACCCUUGAGAACGCAAUUCAAAAAUUGGAACGAGACGACAUGGGAGUGAAAGUUGAUGGUCGGCAACUACACCAUUUGCGCUUUGCUGAUGACAUCGUACUGAUAACACCUAGCAUCAGCCAAGCGGAACGAAUGCUGACCGAAUUCGACGAAACAUGUGGAUGCAUCGGUCUUCAGCUGAAUCGACAAAAGACGAUGUUCAUGCGGAACGGAUGGGUCUCGGAUGCCCCAUUCACGCUCAACGGAACGAACAUAUCCGAAUGCACCAGCUACGUUUAUCUGGGUCGGGAACUGAACAUGAUGAACGACUUGACCCCCGAGCUGGGAAGGAGGAGACGAGCGGCUUGGAGAGCGUAUAAGAGCAUCGAAGAUGUAGUGAAGAAGACCAGGAACACCCGGCUCCGUGCUCACCUUCUCAACACCACAGUACUUUCUGCUUUGACCUAUGCUUCGGAAACCUGGACAUUUCGCAAGCAAGAGAAAGACGCAGUGAGCGUCAUUGAACGCGCAAUUGAGAGAGUGAUGCUAGUGGAAGUGGAAGAAUCGGGAUCGCAAAAGGAAGGCUUGGGUGCUGUGAAGGAGGCUGAAAAAUCACAAAUAUCUUCGAAAGAGCAUAAGAAGGUCGAAGAAGAUUCUCGCACUGCAAAAGAGACCGAGAAAUCGGGUAAAGAAUCCUUAAACACCGCGAAACAAUCAGUUUCCAAGGAAACAAAGAUCGUGGAAACACAUGUUUUCGAGAAGAUUGUAAAGGAAACUGAGGAAAAUGCUGAAUCAGAGGCGUCUUCGAGUAAAGCAAGUGAAUCAGCAAAUGAGACAGGAAAGGCGGUGUCCGUAUCGACGAAAGACGAUCAAUCACAGUCAAAACUGGUAUCCGAACAAAAACCAAUUAGCCCUCUUGUUGUUCAGGAAAAACGGGUAAUAGAAACACGCACAGUGGAACAAGUCCUAAAAGAAGAAGAUGAUGUGAAAACUGCUAGGGAACCUGAGGAAAAAGUCGUUCAAACCAUUGUGACUCCUUCGAAAAAUGUUGAGAGUAGUACUCGAACAGCUGUGCAUUCGUCUACAACUUCUAAAGGAGGAUCCAGGAGAAAAAAGACAGUUGUGCAGAGGGAGGUGGUUGAAAGACGCCAGAUCGAAAGAAUCGAAACGGAAGAAGAUGAAGAUAAGUCUACAGCAACUGAAACAAGCACACUUGAACAAACAGUACAAUCGAGUCUUGCUCCACUUCCACCUCUGGGUGGACUUGUAGGCGAAAAUGUCGAACAACAAAGCACAACACAACAGGGGGAAGAAGUACGAAGAGAAACUGAGCAGGUUCAAGAAAAACGACUACGAAGACCAUCCAAGCGAGUUCAAGAAGUACAAAAACCACCUGAGCGCUGUGUAAUGGUGCCGGAAUUGCUGAGAGAAGACUCUUCCAAUAAUCUUCAUACUGCAGUUGCACCAUUGAAAACAGCCCUUGCUCCUACAGAAUCUUCUGCUAGGUCACCGGAUGGUUGGGCUGGGGGAAAAGCUGGGACUGAAGGUGAAAAAGCUCAAAAAGGCCAAGAAUUGCGUGUUGUUGAUCAGGAUGCUCAAUCACCACAGGUCAGCCAAUAUCGCUUUCGUUUUGUUAAACCAAUGGUUGUACUGGCAGAUAUUAACGGAAAGAUUUACCGACUCACUACACACUACACAAUUGAGACUGACCGUCCAAACCUUGACUUUAAACCAUUAUCCAUCAAGUUCGACGGACAACUCCUAUGGGAAAAAUGGGCGGAAAUAUCACAAAAGAUUGAACUUGAUACGGUAACAAGUUGCUCCACCGGUCAUGGUACAGUCACAGAAAAUACCCCGAUAAAUUCGGGAGGAAAAUGA